AUGAACGACGAAGAACUUUCACCAAGAAUUAUCGCAGUUGGUGAUUCUGGUGUAGGGAAAACUAGUUUAAUACAUCGUAUUAAGAGUGGUACAUUCCUCGAUCAAACUGUUCCUACAAUUGGUGCAGGAGUUAAUCCAAUAGACGUAGAAGUUGAUGGAAAAGUAAUAUCAUUCCAGUUUUGGGAUACUGCAGGACAAGAAAUGUAUCGUAAUAUUAUACCAAUAUACUAUAAAGGCGCUAUUGCUGCUGUUGUUGUAUUUUCAAUGGAAGAUCCAAACUCUUUCAAGAAUGUUGAUAUGUGGCUUCAUCAGAUUCGUGAAAACUCUAGUGAGAAUAUCAUAAUAGUUAUUGUAGGAAACAAAACUGAUGCAAUCCCGUUAGCAAUAUCCGAAGAUGAUGCAAAGAAAUGGGCUAAAUCCAAUGGAUACACAAUAUUCUUUACAUCUGCAAAGACUGGACAGAAUACUGCUCUUAUUACUCAACAUAUAGCAACAAUUUACCUUGCUAAUAAAGAUAAGAUGGAACAUAUGGAGAGUGUUAGAGUAGACCAGCCAGCUGAAAAUAAAGAGAAGAAAGGAUGCUGUUAA